GCCGCCUCCAUUUCCUCUUCUUCCUCCGGGGUCCUAGCGCUCGUCCGAAUGGCACUGCAGUGGAAGGGGAAAGCCAAUAGACAAAGGAGAGAGCAGGCAGCGUCCUCUCCAAAGAUGGCUGAGGCGGGGGAAGAAGAGGUGGAGGUGAAGCUGGAGGGGGAAGAGGAGGAGGAGGAGGAAGAGGCCGGCUACAUUCAAUCCGGCCGGCGCUAUAAAUGCCUGACGUGCAACAAAACGUUCCCAAGUGUGCCGCGGGUGCUGCGGCAUCUGAAGUCCCACGCGGCCGGCACUGGGGACGGCUCGGACGGCAAACUCGCGUGCCCCAGCUGCCGGAAGGAGUUCCCCGACCGCGGGCAGCUCCGGAAGCACCAGCUGAGCCACCAGGCGGAGCGGCCGCACCAGUGCGGGCUCUGCGCCAAGGCCUACAAGACGGCGCCCGAGUUGCGCAACCACAGCCGCAGCCACAGCGGCGAGAAGCCCUUCGUGUGCCACGAGUGCGGCAAGGCCUUCAUGCAGCCCGUCUGCCUGCGGGUCCACAUGGCCCGGCACACGGGGGACCUGCCCUUCCGCUGCCAGCAGUGCCAGAAGGGCUACGGCACCCUCUCCAAGCUGAAGAUCCACCAGCGCUCCCACACGGGCGAGAAGCCCUACGCCUGCGGCGAGUGCGGCAAGCGCUUCGCCGACCCCUCGGUCUUCCGCAAGCACCGCCGCACGCACGCCGGCCUGCGCCCCUACCAGUGCGAGGCGUGCCGCAAGACCUACGCGGAGCUCAAGGACCUCAAGAACCACGAGCGCUCGCACACCGGCGAGCGGCCCUUCCUCUGCCAGGACUGCGGCAAGGCCUUCUCCCGCUCCUCGUCGCUGGCCUGCCACCAGCGCAUCCACGCGGCCCACAAGCCCUACCGCUGCAGCCUCUGCGGCAAGGGCUUCACCCAGCUCUCCUCCUUCCAGAGCCACCAGCGCACCCACUCCGGGGAGAAGCCCUUCCUCUGCCCGCAGUGCGGGCGCAUGUUCAGCGACCCCUCCAGCUUCCGCAGGCACCAGCGGGCCCACCAGGGCCUCAAGCCCUACGCCUGCGACAAGUGCGGCAAAGCCUUCCGCCAGCCGGCCGACCUGGCCAUGCACCAGCGCAUCCACACGGGCGAGCGGCCCCACAAGUGCGCCCAGUGCGACAAGAGCUUCGUGGCCUCCUGGGACCUCAAGCGCCACCUGCUGGUGCACUCGGGCCAGCGGCCCCACCAGUGCGGGGAGUGCGGCAAGAGCUUCGCCGAGCGGGCCAGCCUCACCAAGCACUACCGGGUCCACUCUGGCGAGCGGCCCUUCAAGUGCGGCCGCUGCGGCAAGGCCUUCGUGGUGUCCUCCAGCCUCCGGAAGCACGAGCGCACCCACGGCAACGAGAACCACGACAACGACGACAAGGCCGUGCCCCUCGGCAACCAAGAACCGCCCCCGGGCGACCCCUCGACCAUCGUCGUGGCCACGGUGGUGCCGGCCUGCGGGGAGUGCGGGGAGGCGUUCUCCUCGACACAAGAACUGCGCCGCCACGAACGUCUGCACCACCCCAGCCUGCGGCCGUUUCCUUGCCCGGAAUGCGGCAAAGGCUUCUCGGACCGGGCCGGGCUGCGUAAACAUGAGCGCAUCCACUCGGGGGUCCGCCCCCACGCCUGCCCCCACUGCUCUAAGGCCUUCCUGGGCGCCUCAGACCUGCGCAAGCACCUGAAGACCCACGUGGGCCUAGAAAGCAGGACCCCCGAGGACACCGUGGUGACUGCCACCAUCACGACCUACGAGCCCCUCCUCCCCGCCCACAUCCACCACCAUCACCAUGACGACAGGACGGAGACCGGCAAGGAACCCCCCUCGGAUUGUCUGCCCGAAGCUCUCACGGAACCCUCUUAAGCUCCGCCCCCCUUUCCUGACAUGUGACUGGGCCGCACGGCUUUGCCUGUUUCAAGGCCCUUCCCGAACUCGCAGCCUCAUCUUCUGCUGUACAAUGCGCUGUGUGGACAGCGCUCCUUCAAGGCCUCCGUUUGAAGCAUGGCUCUUCCCGUGCCCCCGAGCACCUCUUGCAAAAGGGGGCCUGGCCACACGUGCUUCUUAAGUCCCACCGCUUUACGAAAGCAGGUGGGGCUCCCAUUUCUCAACCUGUCUAACCCCGCCCCUGCUUCCCCAGUAUCAUUAAAAAAGGAAAUGUUCCUUCGGGUGGGUGGGGGGAGAUCGUGUUGGAACAUGGACACCCUGACCCAAUCAGUAAUGGGGGGGUUGAUAUGUGUUGUGUGGUUGUGCGCGUGUGUGUGCUUCUGCCCCCUGCAGGGCAAAGUGCGUCCUGCAGUAAGGCGCGUGUGCAUGUGUUGCGAUCUGUUCGUUUAAAAUCUUGCGUUAUGUGCAGUUUUGCGAGUGGUAAGCAAGGUUGAAUUGGGAAAG